GAUCGAUACUAGUAGUUAUUGAAAACCCAUAGGGACACGUUAGUCACUGUGGAGUUUUUUCUUUUAACUCUGGUAUGAUUGUGAUUUCAUCCAGUCUAAAGUCUUUACAUUUGAAGAACUGUAAUGCAUAACAGCGGAAAUAUGAGCGGCUGGUUACUUGAUAGAGGAAUACAUUUAUGAUUUACAUAAUUUACAUUUAUUCAUCAAAACGUGCCGACCACCUCUAAUUUUUAACUGAACUAAAAAAAAGCGCAAAGUUGGUAUUUGUCUGGAUCUGAUCAGUGGAUUGUCAAUCAGAGCAAAUUUACGGAAAAUAGGUCGGUUCCGGUCUCCGAGAUGGAUUAGUGCAACUGUAGUAAAGAGCUAAAAUAAAGAUCUGAUUUGUGUUAGCAGUCAGUAAUGGUACAAUAUGGUGUGAUUUAAAAAAAUAAAAAACUAGUCGUUUGCCUUCAUUGAAACAUCAUUUUAAGGCUUUAGUGUUCUUUUUUUUUAAUGCAAGUCUAACCAUCUGGUGUCAGCCCUCACUAACACACCGAGCUGCAACCUUGAGGGAGUGGAGGUUUUCAGUGGAGGGGAGGGAGAGAGGGGGAGUUGUCGGCGUUUCCCUCUAGACAUGCAUCAUUUCAGCUGAACCUCCAGCUGCUACCGCAGAGAUGGAGACUACGGCACUGCAGGAGUAGCUGCCACCACCGCCUCGCAGGAGAUAAGUUUCUGACUUUCAACGAAGAAGGAUCCUUAUUUGUGGCUGAUGACAUGUAGAGGUGGUUCGGACUUGCAGUUGUCACCGGGUUGACACCUGUCCACCUUGAAGGAGUGAGGAGGUCGGUUCGGACAGAUGGAACUCGUUGGUGCCGGAUCUCGCAGCCAAUCUCGGGGCAUCGUUUGGUGCAUUCACGAUCAUCUGAGCGUCACUUCUUGGCGCUAAGAAGAGACAGCCCUUCUCCCUCACUUCCUCUCCUUCUCCCCCCCUCUCUCUCUUUUUCUUUCUUUCUCAGUCUCCCCUCCCUGUCCGCGUUUCUCUUUUCUUUUCGCGGGUUCAGCCCAGACUGCCCAGUCAGUCAGCCCCCCUUUUUUUUCCCCCAGCGCCGGGGAAGCUGGUAGCAAUGGGGCGGCUCAGUUUCAGCACCAAGGAGAGCGCUGGACUUUUGCUGCUCUGUGUGUGUGGUGUGCUAGCGCUGCCCGCGGCGCUGGCAGAGCAGGAGGGGGAGAACCUGUCCGGGCUCUCGGAUAACCCGGACAAAGCCAUUUUCGCGGUCCGCGAGAACGGAACGACGUGCCUGAUGGUGGAGUUCGCCGCCAAAUUCCUCGUGCCAUAUGACGUGCUCGCGCUUAAUGGGAUAGACCUCAUCACAGAGCAGGCUUCUUUCACGCUGCCCCGUGGGGCAGAGAUCGAGGGGAAAUGUGGGAGCACCGACUCAGAGAUCCACAUCUCCUGGAAGAACAACGCCUACAUCCUCCGCAUUUACUUCUCCAAGGAGUUCCGCGAAAAGGGUAUUGAGGUGUGGAAGAGCAACAAAAUCCAGUUCGUCUACGACACCUCGGAGACCUCGCACUUCAUCAACGCAUACAACCCCGGAAAGCACACAGCCAGCACCCACAAGCUCUCGGCCCUGGUGACCCCAGCCGGGCACUCCUAUGUGUGCACGGCUCAGCAGACCGUCACCCUCAUCUCCAGCGAUCACCAGAAGGGCAUCACGUUCUCCAUGUACGACAUCCAGAUCCAGCCCUUUGACAUCGCCUCGGACUUCAUCUUCAGCGCACCCUAUAAGUGCAUCACAGACCAGCGGGAGCACCUAGAGGAGAUCCUCCCCCUUAUCCUGGGCCUCAUUCUUGGUCUAAUAAUAAUCAUCACGCUCACCAUCUACCACUUCCACCUCAAACUGACAGCGAAUCAGCCACAGCUCCCAAGAGAUCGCUCUAUGUACAAGAACAUGUAGUCAAGUGACGCAUCGGCGGCGCCCCCGACUCCCUACAACGCUCUCCUCAUGACAGAUUUGUCUCCUCAAAGUCCUGGGCCUGAGGAUUGCGUCCCCCACACUGGACUAUGUCCCUGAUUGGAAAAAGCGAAUAGUCUGCACUGCCCACUGGAGCUUUUGAACUGUUAAAAUUACGAGUUAUUUAGACAGUUUGGGACAUAGCAUGAGUGUAAUUGGAGAGUAAACCCACCCAAAUCUAGUUAAAUUCACUGCUGGAUUGUGCCAUACGUAGUUUCAAAUAAAGUGAAUUGAAUUUUCUGAAUUUUUUUCCCCCAAAAAAACUUUAAUGAAGAUGGUUUGUAACUUGCACAAUGUUUGAUCUAACUUGUCUUUCAAAACAUUUCUAAAUUCCUUGUUCCCCUGUUCCCUCUUUCUCUGUUUGAAUUUGCUGCUAUAGGAAUCCAUCUGUAUUUGUAAACUUUGUUCCUUUCUUUUGGUUCUCAUCUCUGUGCUCAUACAUCCAGAAUGCAGCCAUAGUGUUGACAGUGGACUGUCUUGUAGUGUACAGUGCAGUUUUGCCUGGGCAUCAGACCCUAUUCUUGGCACAGAUCAACGAAAGAAAGAUAUAUAUAAAAAACAAAAAAGUCAAAUACAAAACGUCUUACAAAACUUGAGAAAAAAAGUCAGAAUAAGUAUUUAUGGAAAUGUCGAGAGGUUAAUAAAAAUGUGUGUAUAUUAUUUUUAGAGUGAAAGUCUAUGCAUAAAUCUCUGCUGAUGCAAUCAUGUGCAGUACUCUGUUCUGUUUGAAAUAAAUUGCUGGAUACACAAUUACCAAA